UGUGACUUAGAUCACACGCAUGCUCUGUGAACAAACAUUUCUCAAUGGAGGAAUGUCAAUGUAAACUACACCAAACAGCAACAAGUUGAAGUCAUAAUUACACAAACUAGAGUGACGAAGUGUAUGCAACAAUGGAUAGACAUGGAUAUUCUAAGAAAAAAAUUCCUAGUACUGAGGAACAGAAAAAGAAUUUGCAGAAAGCAGCUUUGCAAGAAGUGUUACCUGGAUACGAAGAUUAUCUAGUUCUGUUGCAGGAGAGAAACAGACUGCUGAAGAAAAUGAGAAAGAAGAGUAAGAAACAGAUAGACAAUGAAAGAAAGGAACAAGGGUUCUCUAUUUAUGUAAGUGGUGCCAAUGCAGGAAGAAAGCAGCAAAGGGGGUCAUCUCGCAAUGAAGAGAGCAUGGAUUCACCGGAGCCAGCUACAGAGAGGCAGAGACUCAAGACCGCUGGUGACAUUCAUCAUAAAAACGUAAUAGAUCACAGAGAUCUUGAUAGACUGGCUGCAGAUGAGAAGCGGAGGAUGGAGGAGAAAAAACGAGUUAAAACGGCGCCUGCCCGUGAACGUCGGAGGAACUGGAUGGCAGGAUCGGUCAACAUUAAAACAGAGCGCGGGGAAAAAUGUCACUUAAAAGCCCCGGAGAUAGUGACAGGAAAUUAUGAGGAUGACUUUGAGGACAGUGAAGAAGAGGAUAGAAAACAUAAGAAGUUUGAUUCAUAUGAGGAUGAAGAUUCUGAUAGUGAGAUAGAAAUCGAUGCUUCCAAGUUCAAUAAGUCACCAGUUAAGAAUUCUCCGCCAAAAAGUGUUCCAUCAAAGCCAGAACUCAAAAAGACUCACUCAGCACCAGCUGUUCAACAGAGGAAAUCAACUAAAUCCAAACCCCCACCACCCGAGUCAGAGUCAGAAUCAGAAGAGGAGAAUGAAAAACUCAUGCUCAGUAUAGCUGACAUCAAGAAACUUCGACAGAGCCUGGCAAUGAAUAGAAAUCUACAAGAGAGCUUGGCCAAGGAAGUUAGCAGUGAUUUGUCAGUUGAAGAGGAAAUCCCAGAAUGCAUUGACCAAAAUGGCUGGUCACAGGAUGAGGGAGAAUCGGGGCGGGCAUCCCCCAUUGCUGAGGAGGAUAUUGAGGAGGACUUGGUCCCAGCUAUGGACAGCGUGUGUUUGGACAACAGGGACAAACGCAAACCACCCUCUUUUAAACCCACAGAUACUAUUGUUUUAGAGCUAGAUAAACCUCCUACUAAGUCUAAAGUUCAGAAGAAUUUGGCAGCUUCAAGAAAGAAAAAUCUGGAUGAGGAUUUAAGUGAAUUCAAAUCCAAGAGGAAAGAGCCAGCCAAACCCAGACCCGCCUCCACUCUCCAAUCAAACCAGAAGAAGCCCUCCGUCCGUCCAUUGUCAGCAAGUCGCGUCAACGCAAAGACGAGAAUCGACACAGAUGAAGAGGCAUCAGCUGUGUUAGAAGCCAUGAGGGCCGAGAAUGAACAGGCCUCAAAACUCAAGAAAGAGACACCCAGAAAACUGCCACCAACCCCUAAACAGAGACUCCGCCCUGCCAGUGCUGGUCACAUUCCGUCCUCCCCACGCCCCUCUUCCACUGCAGAACCCUCUCCACGCUUCAUCAGACAAUCCCCGAGGCCAUCCACGAAAGAAACCAAUCAGUCGACAGACGUGGGAAGCAGUGCAGGGGUCCAGGGCAGCUUUCUAGCAGACGACAGAAUCUCAGAGGUCAUGAAAAAAGUUCUCCUCAUGCAACCAAAACAGCAGAAGAAGUUAAUGAAGGUUCUCAGUAGGAUUGAUUCGUCAGCAGAUAAUGAGGAAAAGCCAAGCUCUUCUCCAUCCUCUAAACCAGUAAAGGCCACAAAACCGAUCAACAACAUGGUCAACAGGAGUACAAAGAGGUCAGUUGGGAAAUUUUCACCAAAUGAGGAAAGUAUAGAAGUAAACUUAGAGCUGACCUCUAACUGGGGUCACAAGAAUCUCAUUGGACUGACAGAGAUUCAGUUCUACGACAUGGACAGACAACUCGUUCCGGUCCGUAAAGAUGAGGUCACGGUUCAUGGUGCUGGAGAACAGCAGGGCUCCAUUGAUGUCUUGUUUAAUGGGAAGACAAAGACAAACAAGGAUAGGAAUAUGUGGUGCUGUAAGUUUAGAAAGUCAGUUCCUGUAGAAAUCUGUUUAAGCCUUCAGAUGAAGAAGACUAACACAGAGUUGUCCAAGAUUAAAAUCUGGAACCACAACAAGAGUAUCACGGAUUUGGAUAUUGGUGUGAAACAUGCCCGGAUAUUUGUUGGAGGUAUACUGGUUUUUGAUGGCAAUAUAGAGAAGGGUUGUGGAAACCAGGUGUUUGACUAUGAUUUUGUGAUAACUUUGAAGGACAGUGGUGACAAAAUUUCUCCCCGUGACCCAGGAAACAGCCCUAGUCCUAUUAGUCUGUCUCCAGUCAUUCACACUCGAUCCCCCACCUCCGAUAAGACUUCCUCACAAAGGAAGUCUCACCACACACCCACUCCUUCACCCUCCACAGACAAUGCACAGAGAAAUCCAUUCGAGCAAGCUUUCACCAGGUCUUCCCAUCCAAAUGUUCAACCCCUUACUCCGUCCUAUAGAGUCCCUCCACUAGAUCUCAAACAGAAUGAACCUCCCUCAGAGGAUCGCCCAGUGGUUCGCAGUGAGACUCGGACAAUGAAUCACUCAGAAAAAGACAUUCAGCGACCUGUUGUGAUGUCAGACAGAUCAGGAUCUGAGGCAGAAGAAACUCACAGCAGAGGUCGUAGAAACUGGUCCCCGCCAACUGGUGAACUGUUCGAUGAAGAUCCAAGGCAGUUCUGGGUGGACAUGAAUACCAAGAAGGAAGAUGAAUCCAAGGUGGCAGGAAAACAGAAAGGUGGCUCAAGAACGCCCCGAAAGUCAAAGAGGAUGGCAGCUAAACUUGAUGGGCAUUCCUCUUUUGAAGGGGAGACUACUGUCAGCAAUUCCAAGUCUGUCAGUGACAGUGCUGAGGUGAGAGCCUCCAAAGGAACUAGUCGUAAAUCUGAGGACCGUCCGGGCUCAGUUCAGGAGAAGAAGUCUGCGGAGUCUGCCAAUGUGUGUGAGGCAGAGGAGGUUAAGAAUUACACAUCGGACGAAUCUCUGUUCCAGAGCCAGGAUGAUAUACCCAUGAUACAGAAGCUCAAACAGAUGAACCAAAGUACAAAGUGUAAAAUGUGUAUCGAUGACGGUGAAGUAAACUUUUCAAGGCGACCUGUUUGGUUGGAUAAGAUGUUUCGGGGCUGCGACAUGGAUGACAUGGAUCAGAUAAGGAAAAAGGGUGUUCCAAAAUGGUUGAAACAAGAAGACGGAUCUGAGGUUCCAUUGGAGACUCCUCAGAGUGAGGGAGGAGGUCAACAAAAUACCCCAGCUCCUCUCCCUCUGAAAGAUCACAUGAUCCAACAGAAAGAUGUAGACAUGCUGAUUGAUGAGGAACUAGCCAUGUGGCCCGAGACCGGGAAGCCAGAUUUGAAGACUGUUUUUGAUACAGACAAGAAACCUCCAGUGUCUUCCAGGGAAGGAAAAGGAGCAGACAGUUCGACUCCCAUGAAGAAAAUUCAACAGAACCGUGCUAAGUGGAGAGACUCUCAGAAGAAGAACUUGGAGGAAUCCUGGGGCUCCCUUAAUAUGUUUGACAGGCAUCAGAAGGGCAGAAUCUCCAUGGAUCUAGAUGAUGAUGCUCUAGAUGAAUAUCUACAACUGCCAUCUAAAAAAGCCACACCCACUCAGCCAUCAAUCAAAGAGGAGACAGAGGGGGUGGAGCCAGUGUCCACUACAGAAGAAGAAUGUGAUGACAGUUUUGUGAUACCAGAACUGCCUUAUGGGAAGGAACUUGUCAUUAACAUUAAAACUACCUGGGGUGACAAGCACUACGUGGGAAUCACGGGGAUAGAGAUGUUUUCCAGCACUGGAGAAUCCGUCUCCGUGUGUAAGGUCACUGCCAAACCUCUGGAUAUUAAUAUUCUGAAUGAGUAUGAUAAAGAUCCUCGGGUGGUAACCAACUUAAUUGAUGGUGUGAAUCGCACGAGAGACGAUGUUCACAUGUGGCUAGCGCCCUUCACUCCGAAGGGAGACCAUUUUAUAUACCUCACAUUUGAUAAACCUUGCCAGAUUGCUCUCAUGAGAAUAUGGAACUACAAUAAAUCCCGUAUUCACUCAUACCGUGGUGCUAAAGAUGUUGUAAUUCAGUUGGACAACAAUGAGAUAUUUAAAGGAGAGAUUGCAAGAGCUUGUGGAGGGAUUGAGGGUGGAACAGAGGCAUUUGGUGAUACCAUACUGUUCACAACUGACGAAAAUAUUUUGGAGGCUGUGUCAAAGAAUGAUGAUGCAUAUGAGGGAGACAUGUUGGACGAUACGGAGCCGGCUGAUGUUCCGUUCGAGCGGCCAAGCACCGCUGACGGUGGAAGUGAUGAUGUAGAGACAUCUCAUGUGAAAAAGGAUCGACCUUUCACUCGAGCUCAGGGAAAUCUGAAAAAGGAAGAGGGUUCCCUACCACCCCGCCCUGCCACCAGCAUGGUUACAGAGGGAGAUGUCAUUGUGUUCAAAGGAAAAAGUCUACAGCUCAACUUUACGGAUACCUGGGGUGACCUUCAUUACAUGGGGCUGACCGGACUGGAAGUUCUUGGGAAGGACGGAGAGGCCUUACCGGUCACUCUAGAUAUGCUGAAAGCCUCUCCAUCAGAUCUACAUCACUUACCAGGACACGAGCGAGAUGAUCGGACACUGGACAAAGUCAUCAAUGGUAACAAUGUGACCUGCUCUGACGAGAAUAUGUGGCUGAUCCCGUUCAAUGAAGGUCGGAAUCAUUUACUGACAGUAAACUUCAAUCAGUCAAUAAUGAUGGCAGGAUUGAGAGUGUGGAACUACAACAAGAGCUCUGAGGACACGUAUAGAGGCGCUAGGGCUGUGCACGUGCAGAUUGAUGGGAAACAGGUCUCUCCAUCGGAGGGCUACCUCAUCAGGAAAGGCCCAGGCAAUUGCUACUUUGACUUUGCUCAGGAAAUUGUGUUUGCUGCUCAACAGAAGCCUGCCAUACCUCCCACUACACAAACUAAAAUGGAGUCCUCUGUCAGGAGUUCUGUUACAGACGAUGGUGAAUAUGAGUCUGUACAAAUGCCUUGUGGCUUCAUUUAUCAGUUACAUCUGAUAUCCACCUGGGGAGACCCGUACUAUGUUGGUCUGAAUGGAAUUGAGAUCUAUGAUGCUAGUCACAACAAAAUCGAAUUGACAGAGACUAAUAUUGCAGCCUAUCCAGACAGUGUGAACGUCCUGGCCAACAUACAGAAUGAUGUGAGAACUCCUGACAAACUCAUAGAUGGCAUCAACGGUACAGCUGACGGCCGGCACAUGUGGCUGGCCCCCAUCUUACCAACCACUUUGAACCGAGUGUAUGUAAUAUUUGACCAGCCCACAGCAGUAUCCAUGAUUAAGAUUUGGAACUACAGCAAAACUCAAAACAGGGGAGCCAAAGAUAUUGCUUUGUUGGUGGAUGAUCUGCUGGUGUACAAUGGGAUGCUACAACCGGUGAGGGCGGGGGCCAAAGGAAUUGUCCCUAACUGUGACACUCCCCAGAGUUACCACACCAUCCUCUUCACUGACAACAAAGACAUCAUCAGGAAGGAGAAGCAUUCCAUUAUCAGUAACCAAGCCGGAGAACAGGACAUUCAACUGACCAAUGACAAGAUUGUAGUGGGUCAGUAUAAUGACCCAAAGAAGGCACAGCAAGGAAAACCUGUCAACCAAGAACUAAGACCCAAGACUAGUGUAGUAGCCCACAAACACAGGAGAUGAUGACCGGAGGAGGGAAAUGUAGAAUCUUCAGAGCUGUCGGGACUGGAGGCCGUGAAUGAGUGUGAACUCUGUCAAUACCAGACUCAGAGACGUGUAUAAUACCUUCUACAGCCAGGCUGUGUGUAAUGAUUAAUCAGGUUCACGGUAGUUCAUACUGGAGAGAACUACGGCAUUCAAGUGGUGGGGGCCCACUUACCUAAAUCAGUUCAUUUCAGAAGCAAUCCUGGGUACCCUAAUUUUGGAACAGCUUUUCGAUAUCAACCAAAAAGUUUUCUUUUUUCAAACAUUCCCAUACAAAUGUAUGAAAAUUUCUUUACAAUCUGAAUGUGCAUGGAAACAUUACUGGGUUUCAGAAAGUUGCUAACAAGGUGCAUAUUGUUAAAUGAAUCAUAAAGAUGUUAAUAACAAGGUAAUACCUAGCAGGUGAUAAAUAACUAAAUUUUGUAAUUACUCUGUGCCGUUUCCAAAACCUUGUGUUCUAAUAAUAUUGGUGAAGAUUGUCAACAUUGGUGCUGAUAUUCUUUUGUUUUUCUGUGAAUAGAAAUUUUAUGUUGUUCUAUUCUUAACUUCCUUUACUAGAGAAUUAAACUCAGUAACAAAGUAUUUUGGAUUAGACAAUUUACUACAAAGACUGUACCUACUGCAUCAAAAUUACUAUUAUUCCCCAAUUUUAUGAAAUUUGGAAAGAAAUGAAGACACAUUUGUAGAAAAGUUUUCAAGAUGAAUUUCUUGCAUCAAUUUUUUUUGUUGGGGGGGUGUUAUAUAAAGGACAUGCAUUCAUCAUGACUUUUAUUUUAUUCUAUUUUUCGCCAUUAAUAAAAUGUGCCUAUUACUGGCAUGUGGAGACAACGUGGCCCCAGUUCACUGAAUUUUAGCAGAAUUAUGUCCUGUUCGUUUUAUUUAUUAUUAUUCUGGAUGAUUAUACAUUCUCUAUGUGGAUCUACAAACUGACUUGGUAAGAAAUUCAGCAGAAUUAUGUCCCUUGCAAUAAGUUUGAUUAUAACUAUAAGAAAUCAGAUUUGUAUGUAUUCCAUUAGAAUAUGUCUCGCUUACCGGUAACAAUUUGCAAAGAGACAUCCAAAUUCUGCUAUUUACUUUAAUGACAAAAACAUUUUCGUCCAUAUUGGAUCCAUGUGAAACCACCUAUUGGUGGAUUCAGUGAUCUGGAUUUAAUUUGACUAGAAUCUGGAUUUGGUUGGAACAACAUUCCGGUUAAUAAUAUUGAGUUUCGUAAUGCUGUAAUCAAACACAUGAAUGAUACAUGUAUUGUAAUGAUACACGUGAUGUGAUGAUACAUGUGUUGUGAUGAUACACGUGAUGUGAUGAUACAUGUGUUGUGAUGAUACAUGUGAUGUGAUGAUACAUGUGAUGUAAUGAUACAUGUGUUGUGAUGUGAUGAUACAUGUAUUGUGAUGAUACAUGUGUUGUGAUGUAAUGAUACAUGUGUUGUGAUGAUACAUGUGUUGUGAUGAUACAUGUGUUGUAAUGAUACAUGUGUUGUGAUGAUACAUGUGUUGUGAUGUAAUGAUACAUGUGAUGUAAUGAUACAUGUGUUGUGAUGAUACAUGUGUUGUGAUGAUACAUGUGUUGUGAUGAUACAUGUGUUGUAAUGAUACAUGUGUUGUGAUGAUACAUGUGAUGUGAUGAUACAUGUGUUGUGAUGAUACAUGUGAUGUGAUGAUACAUGUGUUGUGAUGAUACAUGUGUUGCACACAUUGAGACAUUACACAUUGAUUCAGUAUCCCAACCAGUGGUGUAAUUGAAUAUGAAACCCACAGUGCAAUGGACAGUAUUUUAUUAUAUUAGCAACAUUUAUUUGCAUUUGCAUGUAAUGGAGGUGAAAAAAAAAUGUCAGGAUUUCAUUUUAUCCUUUUCUUUUAUAGCGUCAUCAUAUAUGCUAGUAUUUUGCGAAAGGGGGAAAACUUCUCAAGUCAACACUGCAAUACUGAGGCUGAACUGAUUUCUGAGUUGGACACAUGCUUAUACUUUUAGUCAUUAUCUUAAGUAGAUACUAAAACAAACCGUAGAAGCAUAUCCAAGUUCUCUAAAUUAGAAAUGCAUAUUUCCAAUAAUGCCAUGAGUGAAUUCCACAUUUGAAGCUUUUGUUCAAGUUGGUAGACUUCUAAAGUCAAUAGAUAUAAUUUGAUCUGAAGUAUGAAUGGUAAGAAAGCUUUAAUUUGUAUGUGAACAUGUCAAUUUUCCGUCCAUAUGAAUGUGCGAGUGAUGAAUUGUUAAUAUGCAUUAAUUUAUACAUGUAUAUGCUCAGGCUAAAUAUUUAUGGUUUUUUCAUUGUUGCUGAAUGUGAUACAUUUGUUAUAUAUUACAUAUCUAUGACCGAGUGUCACACAUUGUGAUUUUCACAAUAAAGAUACAUUUAAUUUA